CUGGCUCUGAAAUUGAAAAAAAGAAAAAAAUUAAUGUUAAUUCAAAAUUAAGACAAAAAGCCCCUUAUAAAUAUAAGUGGCAACAUAGCAGCAGGUAGCAUCACCACCACAAUUGGUCAUUCUCAUUAGCUCGUUAGUGCUUCAGGAUUUUGAGCUAAGAGAAUUUUAGAGAAAAUGAAGAACAAAUUAUAUAAUUUGUUUAACAGGUCAAGGCCAUUCAUCGGUGUUGUAUUUUUACAAGUUGGGUUAGCCGGGAUGGAUGUUUUAUGUAAGGCUGCGUUGAACCAAGGCAUGAGCAAUUAUGUGCUGGUUGUUUAUCGCCACGCCGUUGCCACACUUGUCAUAGUCCCUUUUGCCGCCUUUCUGGACAAGAAGAUACGACCAAGGCUGACACUGCCGAUCUUUACCAAGUUACUGCUGCUCGGCUUACUGGAGCCAGUAAUAGACCAAAACUUGUAUUACAUAGGGAUGAAGCAUACAACUGCGACAUUUGCAGCUGCUAUGUACAACAUUCUUCCUGCCAUCACCUUUCUAAUGGCUUGGGCUGUCAGGCUUGAGAAGGUGAAAAUCAAAAGUAUUCGCAGCCAAGCAAAGAUAAUAGGGACUAUCGCAACAGUUGCAGGAGCGAUGGUCAUGACCUUGUUGAAAGGUCCGAUUCUUGAUUUGAUCUGGACAAAAUCUGCAAAUCAUGAGAAAGGAAGUGGCGGGAUAGACAUCCAUAAUUCAAUUAAAGGUGCCGUUUUGAUAACACUUGGCUGCUUCAGCUGGGCUUGUUUCAUGAUUCUUCAGGCAAUCACACUGAAAACAUACCCCGCUGAGCUUUCACUCACGGCGUGGAUAUGCUUCAUGGGCACAGUUGAGGGCAGCAUAGUGGCGCUAGUAAUGGAAAGGGGCAAAUCUAGCAUCUGGGCCAUACACUGGGACACUAAAUUAAUGGCCGCUGUCUACAGUGGAAUUGUCUGCUCAGGACUGGCUUACUACAUUCAAGGAAUAAUAAUGAAAGACAGGGGACCUGUUUUCGUGUCGGCUUUUAGUCCCCUAUGCAUGGUUAUUGUGGCAAUCAUGAGCUCCAUCAUUUUGGCUGAGCAAAUGUACCUUGGCAGGGUUAUUGGUGCCAUUAUCGUAGUUGCAGGCCUAUACCUUGUAGUCUGGGGAAAAAGCAAGGAUUAUGCAUCCCCAUCAACAUCAAUUGACGAGAAAAUAUCACCAGCUGCAGAAAAAGUAGAUGCAGACAGCAACACAGACGAAAAUUUUGAUCAUGAGGCCAUCAAAAUUGAUGUGUGUGAUCAUGAAAUUGUAACUAGGAAAUAGCAAUUAGAUGGCAAAAGGGAUCCUACUACCAUCUAGAAUAGAACUUCCCUCAAUCAA